UGUGACCAGAAGUAAUUGAGUGUCUUCAUGGCAAAAAUAAGAAGCAAAGACUUAAAAUCUCCAAAAAGUAAUGGCACAGACAAGCCUGCGAAUCUUAAAAACCAACAUAGAAAAAAAAAGAAGAAGAAAAGAUUAUUUUGGAAACAAAAAAUCAAGCUGGCAGAGAAGAAAACGCAAAAAAGUACCAAUGUGGUGACAUGGUUGCCACCCAAAACUCCCCAGGAAGUUUCAUCUAACUGGAAGGCCUUGCAGGAGCUACUGAGGCAAAAGGCUGCCAGUUUUGAUGCUGCUGUUACUGGACUUGGCAUGUGCUCCAAGAAGAAAUGUGCAGCCAAAGAGGAAGGCACUGUCCCCAGACUGGCAGAAGUAAAUGGAGCUGAGAAGAGGUUAAAAGGCAAGCCUUGCGAGAAUGCCAAGCAAGUUCACGCUGAAACCCUUGUUCACCCAGCCCUUCCCAAAUGGAAAAGAUCUGCUCAUGGAAGGAACUUGAGCCAAGCCCAGAAAAAUAAGGAAGAGCACAAGGGAGGUGAAAGCAAUGGCCACGUUGAGAGGGACCUCGGAGACAUUAAGCAUAAAAGAAGGAAACCUGAAAAGCCGGCAGACAUCUGGUUUGACGACGUGGAUCCAGACGACAUUGAAGCCGCCUUGGGACCAGAAGCAGCAAGCAUUGCCCGGAAACACCUGGGGGUUGAAGAGAUGCCCCAGCAGCCAGCAGAGCAGACAUUGGUGAAGGAGAAGGCUUUUGAAGGCUUGACCAGAGCCGUGGCCAUGGACUGUGAGAUGGUAGGCGUGGGGCCGAAGGGUGAAGACAGCAUUGUGGCCCGUGUGACCCUUGUGAACCAGUUUGGCAAGUGUGUUUAUGACAAGUACAUCAAGGCCACGGAAAAAGUGACAGACUACAGAACAGCCGUGAGUGGUAUUCGGCCGGAGAACUUAAAAACAGGGGAAGACUUUAAAGUUGUUCAGAAGGAGGUGGCUGACAUCCUAAGAGGAAGGAUUCUUGUUGGACAUGCUCUUCACAAUGACUUAAAGAUUCUGUUUCUUGACCAUCCUAAAAAGAGAAUCCGGGACACACAAAGAUACAAGCCUUUCAGACAGCAGGUCAAGAGUGGGAGACCAUCCCUGAAACUUCUUUGUGAGAAACUGCUGAAUGUGAAUGUACAGUGUUCGGAGCACAACUCGAUCCAGGAUGCCCAGGCAGCAAUGAGACUCUACAUGAUGGUAAAGAAGCAGUGGGAAGCAUCACUCAAGACACCAUCAAAGGCAGAAAGAAAAUUAGUCCAUGGAUGUUACCCUCCUGUCCUGACUGAUACCUCUGAAGCUUAA